AUGCCCUUUUGGAGUCAGGUUAUGAGUAGAAAUCGUUUCCAGUUACUGUUGCGUGUUUUGCAUUUUGCUGACAACACGGAAACAACAGAAGAUCGAUUAUAUAAAAUUAGACCAGUCCUCGAUCAUUUCAUUAAAUUAUUGGAAGAUCACUAUGUUCCAGAUAAAAAUGUGUGCAUUGAUGAAUCAAUGAUCUUAUGGCGUAGCAGGCUGUUUUUUAGACAAUAUAUUAGAAAUAAGAAGCAUAAGUACGGGAUAAAAUUGUAUGAACUAUGCGAAUCUGCUGGCAUGGUUCUAAAAAUAAAAGUAUACUGCGGAAAAUCAGAACCUACCGAAAAUGAUCUGGGGCAUGCUGCAAGUGUGGUUCUUCACUUGAUGGAGAAAUAUUUAGAUAAGGGUUAUGUUCUCUAUACUGAUAAUUUUUAUAAUUCAGUUGGCCUAACAAACAACAUGACAGCGAGAAAAACAUAUAUUUGUGGCACCUUACGCAGCAAUCGAAAAGGAAAUCCAAAGUAUGUUGUUUCAAAAAAACUAAAGAAAAGCGAGUGUAUAUGGCAAAGACGCAAAUCGGUUAUUGUUUGCAAGUGGAAAGACAAACGGGAAGUAUUAACGAUUUCAAAUUUGCACAAGGUACAAAUGGUCGAAGUACGCAACAAGAACGGAAAAGUUUCCAUGAAGCCAAAUAUAAUAAAGGACUACAAUGCGAGAAUGCCAGGUAUCGAUCAGUCCGAUCAAAUGCUUAGUUACUACAGUGCGUUAAGAAAAACUAUUAGAUGGCCGAAGAAGAUUGCACUGCAUAUUCUCGAAUUAUAUAUACAUAACGCAUACUUGCUUUUCCGUAAAUCGACUGGAAGCAAGAUAAAAUCCCUGAAAUUUAGAGAGAUGUUUGUUUCUACUCUCCUAGGUGAUAAAAUGCCUACAUAUAACAGAGUACAGCGGGGCGAUUUUCACUACUUGGAAGCUAUACCACCAACAGAGGAAAAGCAACGACCUACAAGGGCUUGUCGGGUAUGUACUUCAAAAAAAGUUCAACGAGAAACACGCUAUUUCUGUCCUGUGUGCGAAGAAAAUCCAGCUCUAUGUGUUGAAAACUGCUUCAAGUACUAUCACCUAAACUGA